GUGGGGCUGUCCGUGCGCGCGCUUUGUGCCCCAGCCAAGAUGGCGGCGGCUGGUGUGUGCGCGCAAUGGCCGCCCCUGCAGAGGAGGAGGAGGCGGGGGGAGGAGUGAGGGAGCUUUUUGUUCCUCUAGCAGCAGCCCGGGCGGGGAAGUGGAGGCCGCGACGGAUCGUGUAUUGAAGCGAGUGAGGAAAGCCCCGCCGUCUGCUCGACUCCCUCCUCUCCCCUCAGUGCGGCGGGCCAUGAAGAGCCCGGGGCCCCCGGAGCCGUGACGUGAGUCCCUGUAUGGCGGAUAUGGCCCCGGCGCUGACUGAAGCCGCUACGGAAACUCAGCAGAGACUCAAACUGGCCGCCUCCUCCCCCAGACUCACCGAGGAGCCCCCCGAGCCGCUGCUGUCCGUGUGGAGGAGGCCGGGGCUGCAGCUGAACGGAGGGGGGCUCGGGAUGGAGGAGCCCAGGGAGGAGUCCGUGUGUCCCCUGCGGGCAGUCGGCGUGUCCCUCCGGCAGCAGCAGGAGCUCGGGGCCCGGGCCAGAAGGCUGUGUCGGCGGCUGCAGGUGAUCCAGGCCAAGCAGGUGGAGCGGCACGUCAGGCAGCAGGUCUCCGGGCUCGUGCGAGUGUUGGGGGCGGCGGGGCUGCCCGGGUGUCAUCACGGGGAACUGGAGAGACUGGCGGGGAGCGGCUCGGCCCGACUCACAGCGGCACUCGGAGCCUUCGACUCGGACGCUACGGAAAGCAGCUCGGGGGGAGACAGCGACGAGGAACAACCGGAGCCCCCUACUGGCGGGACGGAGCAACCGGGGUUAACCCAGCGUGCGGACUGGAGGUGGGCCAUGGAGAGGGCAGCCAUUAUCUGUCGCUGGACCUGGUUACAGGCGCAGGUGUCGGACUUAGAGUUUCGGAUAAGGCAGCAGACUGAAAUAUACAAGCAAAUCCGUUGUACCAAGGGCAGUGUUCUCCUGGGAGAUUGUCCUCAGUCUGAAGACGUGGCGAGUCGUCAGUCAGUAGUAAAUGCAGCGGCAGCGCUAAAUCAGAAAAGCAAUGGUGUAACGUGUCCUUUGUCUUCAGUGAAAGCCCCCCCAGUGGAGAAUCCUCGUGACUUAUCCCACCCUUCCCAUGCGCUCCAUCAUGUUGAUAAACAGUGUUCCCGUCUUACACAGUCUGAAAAUGUUCCGUGUCAAAAUCCAUCCACUACACCCCUGUCUGAAUCUCCAGGAUCCCAAAAACCAUCUCAUCAAGUCAAUGGACUCCUACAUUGUAUGCGUUCCACUGUGUCCUGUAAUGGCUCUGCAGAAGAUCUGGAUGCUGAGGAGGUGCUGGGCAAGAAGCGGAGACUAGAAGUCCUUGCUGUGUCGCCGGCACUUACAGAUGGCAGUUGUGUGGCCGCCAGGACACGACCCUUACGUGCGCACAAAAAGCGGAGACUGGUCAGGUCGGGUGCAGUGUCGUCACUUAGUAGGAAGCCACAGAAGCCGCUGUCCAUGAAGUGUAGCUGUGAGCCCCCAACCACCUGCAUCCUCUGUGGCUGCAAAACCCACGUGAAGACAAUACACCCCAGCACCAUGACUCUAAAUGAGCGCAUAGCACUGAUGGAUCCCGGCUAUCACCCCAUUCUUUCCUUUCCCCAUGACACAUCCCUUAACUUGCACUUUGAAGCUUUGCUGAAAGAAGAAAGGCCGUUCCACCUCACUCACAAGCUCAAGGCUCUGAAGCUCUCGCAGCUGAGCAGAAGGCCCGUGGAUAACAUGAGAAGAUACAGUGAGAGCGGCAUGGCUGAUCUUGCCGGCAAAGAUUAUGCACAUGGUAGAAGUGACCAAGAGAAGUUGUCUCAGUAUCGUAUAGAGAACUGGCAGAGAAACGCCAGGUUAAUAACAGACUGUGUGUCAGACAAAGUCAGGUCACAGCUACGUAAAGCACCCCCCACUUCAACUCAUUCUGUUGGCUCACUGUUCAGAGAUGACAGGCAAUACAAAGUCGUGCCGAGUCCCGGCAUACACAUUAGCACCCCUUUUACACCGAGAUCAAGCUCUGCUUCACACCAGCACCCAUCUCUCAUGGAAACUCCCACCACCCCUUCUGCAAACCUGCAAAACAGCGCUGCUGCCGCCCUUAAAAGAAAAAGGUUGGAAAAUUCCUAUGACAUUAAUAACAUAGUCAUUCCCAUGUCCAUGGCAGCUGCAUCUCGAGUGGAGAAACUACAGUAUAAGGAGAUUCUGACACCGAGCUGGCGUGUUCUGGACCUUGUGGAAAGAGAGCCUCUGUAUGGAAUGGAUCCACAGCUGGAGGACCUGACUGAUGAAGCAUAUCUUAAUCGCCACAGUGCUUACGAGGAGCUUGAACGAUCCCGCUGGGAUUUCUGGUCAACGGCUGCCACUCAAAGGCGCGGGAGCAGGUCCUCCAACAAAUCAGAUGGACGCUGGACCCCCCAGCCUUCUUCCAACAGCCAGGGAUCACUACAGCCAGCUUCUCCAGACAUUGGAUUCCAUAGCCUUAAUGACGUUCCCUUCACCCUGUCAUCUGCUGCACCAGACAGCCCGGAGCCUUAUAGUACUGUUCAAUGCCUGUCUGUCAGGAGCACAACGAGAGGACUGUCGUGGAGUGAAGACACAAGAUCCUCUACUCCUGAGAUUCCAGAUGAAGAAGAGCAGAUUGUCCUACCGUGGGAACCUCGCACAUUUCCCCUUUCAGACAGAGAUCAUCAAACUCUCCAGAACCGACCUGUAACACCCAGUAGGGGCAGACACAAGCAGCACCCAGAUGUCGCAUGGAACCCAGCAAACAAGUCUAGCUCACGGACUAACAGUAUAGACUUUGCUUUGUCAACAGAAAACCUCGCCCCUUCCUCCAAAGACCACCCUCUACCCAAUAGCAUUUCAGUGGUUCGUUUCCGUGCCCACAGUGGUGAAAAGAUUGCCAGUCUGGAGUGUUUUCCAGACAGGCCAGUUAAGAGAUGAAAGUUGGUUCUUUCACUAGAUGUGUAUGACACAGAAAACAAAUCCAUAUACUUUAUUUCAGUAUCAAGUGCUUUGCUGACUUGCAGGCCCAAGUGGAGCAGUAGGGUGCGCUGUAAGUUAGGGGUUCCGGGGCCCAGCCGCACGCAGGAGUGGAUGGCCUAUGUAGAGGUACAGCACCGAGUCAAGGAACCUGGAGCCCAGCCUCAAACUCCGCACUGACCAUGGGAAGUUCGCACGGUACGGAUGUUACCAUUGGAUAAGUGAGAGGCGCGGAGGCAGAAUAGAUGUGGAGCAGGCACGUGUGGCCAGAUGUGAAGCGAGAGAUUUGAAGAAAGAGAUUUCUAAAAUAAAAUAUUAUGUUCUGAAAAAAAAUAAAAUGGAAAAAAAGAAUCAGGUUGAAGCCGUUCACUGCCAGAGUAAUGUGCACCCAUUGUUGCAUGCUUCUCUGGCAGGCUGAGGCUUCAGUACACUGUCACUAGUUCUUAGCUUCUAUACUACUGUUUAUCACUGUGUAUUGGUGGCAGGAGAAGAAGCAGAUGUCCCAGGCUAUGUCAUAUAAUCCACAAUCUCUGCACUAUCAAUACGUUUGCUUCGGAUUGUAGAGUCUGUUUGUGCAAACACUUUGUGGUGUGAGAAGACCACGUUGCGACCAACUUGAUCUCCUUUCCCUUUGACCCCCCUCCAAAUCCCUGAGCAAAAAUUCUGUAAUUAUUUCAUGAAUGGGACAAAGUGACUCCUCUGUCUGAGAAUAGCCUGGUGUAUAUGGAUUUAUGAAAUUAGAUAAAAGAAAUAAAUUCAGAAUCCUGUUAGACAA